UUUUUUUCAUUUGGCAGGGACAUCUAAGAGAAGCAAAAUGUCAGCUUGCCCUAGGAUCAGUUGAGGCAGCAAUAAGAGCUCUCCAGAGGGUAACUGAUAUAGAACCUACCAACAAACAAGCUUUGUCAGAGAUGAGAGCAGCAAAGACUGUUCAAAGCCAUGAAACAGCUAGUUUCAAAGCAUUUGACAAGGGAGACUUUAGAAAGGUUGUGUAUGACAUGGAUAGAGCAAUAGACCACUCACCUGCAUGUGCAAAAUUUAAAAUAAGAAGAGCAGAAGCACUCCUCAAACUACGCAGAUUCUCAGAAGGACAAGAAGCUGUCAAUGGUGUACUGUAUCAAAAUCCCAGGGAUGCCGAUGCUCUUUAUGUACGUGGUUUAGGUCUCUAUUAUCAAGACAAUAUAGAGAAGGCUCAGCAACAUUUCCAACAGGUUCUCAAAUACUCACCAGAUCAUACCAAAGCAAGAUUAGCGUUCAAGAAAUGUAAAGAAAUGAAGACAAAGAAAGAUGAAGGCAAUGCACUAUUCAAGUCAGGGAAGUUCCGAGAGGCCUAUGAUGUUUACACUCAAACACUAACCAUCGAUCCUCAUAAUGUCUUCACUAAUGCAAAGGUUUACUGCAAUAGGGCUGUCGUAGGAGCCAAGCUUGGCAGAAUAGAUGAAGCAGUAGAAGAUUGCAAUAAAGCUAUUGAACUUGAUGAAAAUUACUUAAAGGCCUUCAUGAGGAGAGCAAAAUGUUUUAUGGAUCUAGAAAAAUAUGAAGAAGCUGUACGGGACUAUGAGAAGAUAUUCAAUAUGGACAGAACAAAAGAGAACAAACGGUUACUUCAGGAUGCUAAAUUGGAAUUAAAAAAGAGCAAGAGGAAAGACUACUACAAGACUCUAGGAUUACAGAAGAACUGUGGAGAAGAUGAAAUCAAGAAAGCAUACAAGAAACACGCCCUUCUUCAUCACCCAGAUCGACAUUCAAACAAGACCCCAGAAGAACGCAAGCAAGAGGAACUGAAGUUCAAGGAGGUUAGCGAGGCAUACAGCAUUCUAUCUGACCCGAAGAAGAAGAUGAGAUAUGAUAGUGGACAAGAUUUAGAAGACAUGGAUGGAUUCUCAGGAGCUGGCUUUGAUCCUAACCAGAUCUUCCAGACAUUCUUUGGAGCUCCUGGAGGCUUCUCCUUUGGAUCUGGUGGUGGUGGUGGUGGAGGAAUGGGCGGGGGAUUCCCAGGUGGAUUCCACUUCCAGUUCUGAGAAACAUACACCCCUCUGUAAGACAUCUUCAUUUCUAUUGAUAUGAUUGGGAAAGUUUCCUGAAGACAAAAGCAACAGGUGAAUUCCAGUUCUGAUCAACGUACCCCCAUCCGAAAGACAUCUUCAUUUCUAGUGAUAUGAUCGGGAAAGUCCCCUGGAGACGUUGGCAACAAACGGAUUCCACUUCUAGUUCUGAUCAACGUACACCCAUCUGAAAGGCUUCUUCUUUGGUUGUAUGAUUGGGGAAUUAGUAUCCCGACCAGUGGAACACAAUUGGAACAGCAUGGAACACAGCCUGAAAGAACUUGUCCAAGUGCCAUUCGCUGUUGUACCUCAAGUAACAUGAUUUAGGCCACAAAUUAGAGAGUAAGAAAGGAUGUGGCUUUAUUGGUCAAACCAGCUACAUGAAGUUAAUGACAAAGUGAUAAGUUGUUAAAUAUUUGUAACCUUUUGCAGUUAUUUUAUUAAUACAUUUUUAUAUCUUGAGGCCUGUAGCAUAAAAAAUGAAAUCAAUUUAUUGGUGUAGCUGCAAAUCAAUGGCAAACCAUGUAUAAAAAGUUAAAAAUGAAUAAUUCUAUCAAUGCAAAGCUAAAAAUCCAAGAAUGCCAUAAUUUCUCAUCACAUUGAAAAGUGGACAUAUGCUGAUUUUGAAAAUUGAUGUUAACUUAACCCCUACCAGUCCAGGCUUGUUUGGGUGUUAGCUAGCUAGCUGGGGGGGGGGGGGGAGAUGAUUCAACUCCCCUUCAUCGUUUGGCUGCUGAUUGCAGCUGAGUGUCGCAAAAAUUUGCAUGAUGGUGGAGGUCAAUUUAAUCUACAAGGUACAAAUCUACAAGGUACAAAUUAAUUAUGCUAUUUCAUGCAUAAUUUUUUUGGGGUCUAAUUCACUAAAUAUAGCUUCUAGAAUGCAAAUUUUCUGUGAAAAUAUUAUUUCACAUCCUACCGUCUAACAAGGUUGUGAGAAAUGAAUAUAUAAAUAUAUUAUUUAUUUGACUCUCUUAAUUGAAUAAGCUGCUAGAUUGAAGAUGUAUCUGGAUGUUUAGAGGAAGGUCUUUUAUAUCACUUUGGGCAAGAAAUUUUGGAUAUGAUGCCAUCUAAACACUGAUGAAAAUUGUUAGAUAGUGACAGAUGGUCUUAUUGUGACUGGGCCAUAUCCUCUGAAACAAAUGCUAAGUAGCCAUUAGCUUUCUUCUUUGCUACUUCCUAAAUAUAUCAGCUAUUUCUAAAAAUGUUGUACAUGAAGAGAGUUAUUAUAUAUUUACACUGAGCUACCAAGACUUUUUAUUAUUUAUCUCAUUUAAUUCUCUUUUAUUCAAGAAAGUGAGGAUAGUCUUAUUUCUUUGUAUUUGUAUAUUAUUGU